ACGUUCAGAGGUCAGGAAGUCAUGAACGACGGCUCCACCUCCUCCCUGACAAGAAAGACAAACAGGAAGCAGCUUUUCCUUUUGUUCAUCUGACAGGAGACUCCAAACGAGCACCUAGAAGAUUCUCCUUAACAACAGAAACUGCAGACGGUAACGCUGGGAUCACUGAAAUACUAGAUCUGUCACCUCAACCUGCCACAGACCUCCAGCUACAACCUGGGAGAGCUUGGCUCAAAAGCGAAAGCAACCGUCUCACUACCGCGUGGACCGGCUGACUUCUCCGGGGGAUUGCUGCGUCUUCAGCCUCAUUCAGAAGCAGAAUGUCAUCCAGCCCAGAGGAGGAUCUGUCCUGUCCCGUCUGCCAGGACAUCUUCAAAGACCCUGUCGUCCUGUCCUGCAGCCACAGCUUCUGCAGAACCUGCCUGCAGAAAUGGUGGCAAGGGAGGAAAUCGCCCGACUGUCCCGUCUGCAAGAGGAAAUCAUCAAGAGGCGAGCCGCCUCGCAACCUGGCCUUAAGGAACCUGUGCGAGGCCUUUGAGCGGGAGAGGCAGCGCAAAGCUUCGGCCGGCUCGGAUCAUUCCUGCAGUUUGCACUUUGAAAAGCUCAAGCUCUUCUGCCUGGACCACCAGGAGCCGGUGUGCGUCGUCUGUCGGGAUUCGCAGACCCACAGCAGCCACCGGUUCAGGCCCGUCGGCGAGGCGGCGCUGGAGAACCGCGCAGAGCUGCAGGGGAACCUGCGGCCUCUCCGGGAGAAGCUGGCGCUCCUGGAGGAAGCCAGAGGAAACUGCGAUCAAACCGUGAAGUUCAUCAAGCUGCAGACCCAGCAGACCAAGAACCAUAUCAAGGAGCAGUUCCAGAAGCUGCACCAGUUCCUGCAGCAGGAGGAGAGGGCGAAAGUCGCCGCUCUGAUGGAGGAAGAGGAGAGGAAGAGCCAGGCCAUGAAGAAGAAGAUGGAGGCUCUGGGCACAGAGAUCAAGGCGCUUUCACAAGCGAUCGCAGCGGCAGAGGAGGAGCUGAGAGCCGCAGACAUCUUGUUCCUGAAGAACUACAAGACCACGGCCACGAGAGUGCAGCAGCGCCCCCUGCUGGACGACCCGCAGCCGGUUCCUGGAGCGCUGAUAGACGUGGUCAAACACCUGGGCAACCUGAGCUUCAGCGUGUGGAGCAGCAUGCAGAGCGUCGUGUCCUACAGCCCCGUGGUUCUGGACCCGAACACCGCCGACCCAGAACUGGUCCUGUCCUACGACCUGAGCGCCGUCCGGUCCGGGGACAAGAAGCAGAUCCCGAGGAACCCGGAGAGAACCAGGUUCUCCUGCUCCGUGCUGGGCUCGGAGGGCUUCGGCUCGGGGAGUCGGCGCUGGAGCGUGGACGUCGGGGACAAUGAGGACUGGGAGCUGGGCGUGCUGGGAGAAACGGGCCGGCGCCCCAAGGCUCAGCUGUGGAGGGUCUCCUUCGCCAACGGGAGGCUGACGGCGUUCUCCUCGUCAGAACCGGAGAUGGAUCUGCUGGUGAAGCAGCGGGUGAGGAGGAUAGAAGUCCAUCUGGACUUCGACGGGGGGAAGUUGUCUUUCUCCGACCUGGACACCAACAGAACCUUCCACACCUUCACCCAUCGCUUCACCGACACCCUGUUCCCCUACAUCUACACGGAGAACCGCGUCCCGGUGAGGAUUAUCCCGGCCAGCGUCUCUGUCAGCGUCCACAAACACACCUGAGACGCCCAGAAUCAAGUCACCAGAAUUACCUGGAUUAAGAUGCUAAACCUAAAUUACUAGAUUUUCUAAGAGGAUUCGGGCCAUUUUGAUCUUUACGUAUGAAUAUUUACCUUUAAUUUUGAAAAAGAAACAGAAAAUAAGAUUAUACGCUGGUAGUGAAACCCAGUGAGGUUUCUCAGACACUGCAAACUUGACGCUGGGAUAGAAAAAGGAAAAUGUUCUUCUAAAAGCUCGACGUGGCGACGGAGCCUAAAGCUGACCUUCAGGAAAACAUUGAAAUGUUUCUAUAAUCGUUUCUAAUAUCGACCAUGAUCUGAGUCAACUGACAUUUCUCUAUAUUGGUUUAAUGUACGAUGACUUUGUGACACUUUCAAUAUUUUCUAAGUUAACUCAGGAAAAAUGUUUCCAGACAGGAACCAAGAAAAAAACUGAAAUCAAUCACAUUAUUUUAGUACUUGAUGUAUUUUGUGGCUUUAGCUGUUUUUUAUGUCAAAUAAUCAGAUAAGGAAUAAGAAAAUCUGAUAUUGAAAGGGUUAAAAAACGGUUUGGUUUAAAACUAGGGGGCAUUUGAUUUAUUAAAAAUGUCUGGACUUGUUGUGUCGCUCUUUGGAGUUUGAUUCUGGCUCCUGAUGCUGAACUAGUCUUAGAGCACGCAUCAGAGAAAUAAAAUCCAUUUAAACUUCAAAGUUAACGUUUAAAAGGAGACGAGAAGAAGCACUGAAUGAACUUAAUCUAAUUUUCAAUUAGAAAAAUAUUUAGAAACAGCUGAAAGAAGGAACAAAAUGCAGAAGUCUUCUUUCAGCCAGCUGGCUAGCAGUGUGCAGAAGAGGUGGGGAAUCCAGGUUCAGAAAGUAAAAAGCCAGAGAUUAGUUCCAGCUAUUUGCAUUUCUAGCUCCACAGCAGAGUCAGGGACUAAAUAACUGGGUUAAAGGACCAGGAUGAAUGAAAACCCUGAAGCCAGAUUUAUCCACCUCUGGUGUGCAGCAACAGGUUGGGGAGGGGCAGGGCUGUAUUAGUGCAUGCUCCAAUCAGCCAGAGGACCGCUUCACCUGAUUUCCAUGUUUAAAAAGCGUCUGGGACCUAAAGGACUGUAAUUGUGAGUCAGUUUGUGUUAAAUCACUGAUUAAAGGAAGAGUCGGAUGAAAGUCAUCAGAAAACCUGCAGCUGCUGCUCAGCAAAUCAAUAAACGUUGAUUUUACGUUUAUUAGUUAAAUCACGGGGAGAAAUUAAAUGUAGAGAUCAAUACCUCUGAACACCUGGUCCAUGUUUAUCCUAGUGGAAAAUUAUCUGCUGGGUUUUAAUGAGCUUUUAUAGCUUUUAUUUUAUUUUUUUAUUAAAUUCAAUGUGAAAUUAGGUCAUCGAGGAUUUUAUAGAAAUCUUCUGCUUGUUUGACGUGGGAAAACUAAUUUUGUACCAAUUUUUUGCAUCUAAGCAAGAUAAAUCCUCUCUAACGAUGACAUCAGCCUGGAAGGGAAAAUUAAGGAAAAGCUUUGUGUGGAAACAAUGAAAUCAUUAAUAUUUACACCAGACAUGACGAGGGAAGGGUUUCUGGGCUGUUUGACAGUUUUAGGCAACAUGGAUUUGUUGCUGAGUUUUAAAUUUACAUUUUUAUUUCAUUUUAUUGAUUAUUUCUAAUGUUGGGAUGAAUAAAUAUUAAA